AUGACCCACAGUUUAUCGCGAACUGCAUAUACCGAAGCUCUCAAUGAACUCGACAACAAGCGGAUCAAGUGUGUCAAACCUUUGAUUCCUCCGCAGAUCCUCAUGGAGGACAUUCCGUUGACACUGAGAGCGGCGCAGACUAUUUUAGAAGGACGUGUGGCGUCAGAAAACGUGAUUAAAGGCCAAGACGACCGACUAUUGGCAGUGGUGGGUCCUUGCUCAAUCCACGACGUAAAGUCAGCCAAGGAGUAUGCAACGCGGCUAUUGGCGUAUGCCAACCGAGCCAAAGAUGAUCUUUUAAUUAUCAUGCGUGUCUAUUUUGAAAAGCCGAGAACGACAGUGGGCUGGAAAAAAUUGAUCAAUGAUCCUUUCUUGGGCAACAGGUAUGGACAGAACUUAUCACACAAGAACGAAAUGGGCCUUCCGACGGGCUGUGAGUUUUUGGAUAACAUCUCACCGCAAUAUACAGGCGACCUGGUUUCUUGGGGUGCAAUUGGUGCAAGAACAACAGAGUCCCAAGUGCAUCGCGAGCUCGCCUCUGGUCUUUCUUGUGCUGUUGGUUUCAAAAAUGGCACUGAUGGUAGCGUGACAGUUGCAAUGGAUGCAAUCAAAGCAGCUAGCAAUGGUCAUCACUUUCUGUCAGUGACCAAACAGGGUUUGUCUGCAAUUGUUGAAACCGAGGGAAACAAUGCGUGUCAUAUUAUCCUUCGGGGCGGGCAGCUUGGUCCCAACUAUGAGGCCGAACAAGUCAAACAGACGGCCCGAGCUUUGGAAAGAGCAAAACUCCCUUCCCGUAUCAUGGUCGAUUGCAGUCAUGGAAAUAGCAAUAAGGACCACAAGCGCCAAUCGGUUGUUGCCUUAUCAGUUGCUCAACAACUUGCACGGCCUCGAGCAACAGGUGACAACAUUGUUGGUGUUAUGAUCGAAUCCCAUCUGGUAGAAGGACGUCAAGAUAUUCCUGCUGAAGGAGCCCAUCGAUUGACGUAUGGCCAAUCCAUUACGGAUGCCUGCAUCUCUUGGGAAGACACUGUGAAGGUGUUGGAUGAAUUACGAGAAGGAGUGCGUGCAAGACGAGUGGCUAGGCUUGCUAUUUAG